GUGCCCAGAUGCGUCAGUCAUGAUUGUCGAUUCGAACUCUCACCGAAUAGCGGCUCCAUAAGGAAUCCAGAGCGACUCCAGAGUCUCUCUCUCCCUCUGUCUCCAAACCCUAUCUCCAUAAACGACGAGGACUAAAGUUGUCUAGCUUUUCACUCUACCAACUAACUUCUUGUCUGACUUGUGCCUUGCCACAAUUGAAGUUUUUUUUCAUUUAUAUAUGGAAACUGAGGAUUUGAUUGACCUCCCUCCUUCUAGCAAUUCAGGCUAUAAAAGUGAGAAUGACAACCUUCAUAAUUCUGAGUGUGAGCCCAGUGAUACUGAUUCACAUCCAAUUAAUUGUGAGCUUAAAGAAGAUAAGCUAAAUGAGGAGAUCUCAAGGACUUCUGAGGUUGAUGUUGGAAAUGGAGACAGCCAAAUUUUUAUGUCAGCUGACAUAGACAGGGAUUUGAUUGGGUGUUCGUCUAUCUUGCAAGCUAGUAUUAAAUUGAAUGAAACCAUUUCAGUUGCAGAAGACGUCAAGUGCUUCAGCUCUGGAAUACAAAGUGAGAAUGGUUGCGUAACCGGUCAAGAUGGAAGUCCAAUUAGCAAUCGAAAGAGAGAUGAAAGUCCUAUCAGCUAUCAUGAAAUUAGCGACAAUUCCAUAUCUGGUGUUAAGAAAGCCAGAAUGAUAGUUGAUAAACAGCAACCUUCGGUGCAUGUAAAGUAUAACUCUUUAACAAGAGACAGUAAACAGGAGCUUGAGGAGCUACUACAGCAGUGGUCGAAAUGGCACGCUCAGCAUUGCUCUUCUUCUCAUGAUUCCAAUGAAGUCCUGGAAUCUGGUGAAGAGACGUUCUUCCCUGCACUUUUUGUUGGUUUGGAUAAUCCUUCUGCAGUGUCUUUCUGGAUGGACAAUCAAACAAGGAACCAGAUGAGCGAGGAGUUUAUUGCAUUAGAUAGGAAGUCUGUUCCACUUUAUGAUCGUGGAUACUCAUUGGAAGGGGGUUUGAAAGUAGUAGAUGCUUCCCGGUGUUUCAAUUGUGGUUCCUACAACCACUCAUUGAAGGAAUGCCCAAAACCUCGUGACAAUGUAGCUGUUAAUAAUGCUCGCAAGCAGCACAAGUCAAGAUGUAAUAAAAAUGCUGGUUCUCGUAAUCCAACUCGAUACUACCAAAAUUCUGCUGGGGGAAAGUAUGAUGGUUUAAGGCCAGGUGUCCUUGAUGCUGAAACACGGAAACUUCUUGGUCUUGGGGAGCUUGAUCCACCUCCUUGGCUUAACAGAAUGCGACAAAUGGGAUAUCCACCAGGAUAUCUAGAUCCAGAAGUUGAGGAACAGGAGCAGCGUUCAGGGAUUACAAUAUUUACUGAUGAGGGAAAUAAGGAAGAAAAGGAAGAUGAUGGGGAAAUUGGGAAAAUCCUUGAGAAGGUCUAUCCCAACCUGCCUAGGAAAAUGAGUGCUGAGUUUCCGGGAAUAAAUGCACCAAUACCUGAAAAUGCAGAUGAAAGACGAUGGACAACAGCUGGGCCUUCAAGUUCCGAUUUAGCCAAGAAUCAAUCACACUGCAGAUCUAACUUUUCAUUGGAGCCGAUUAGCAGAGGCAUGUAUCACAGGCAAAGGUGGUCUAGGGAUAUCAGAAAUGAAGGGCCUCCCGGCAUUGACCCAGGAUUUAGCCCCACACUGUCUGGCUACACUUCCCAGAGUGCAGAAGGUAAUAUUUCCGUACCAAUAAGCCCUGGUUUUGGAAGGACCAUGUCAGAUGGAGGUAGGAGCCCUUUAGGCUAUGAAGGUUCUUUAACUCCUGGUUCACACAGUUCUGUACCAUGUUUGUCCCAAUAUAGACUAUUUUCACAACAAAAUUAUGGCUCUGCAAGUUUUGAAAAAAAGAGACGAUGACAAUAGGAAUGAUUUCAACCCUAGUUUUCCAUCUCACCAGCACCCCCAUCAGAGUAGGAGGUAAUGGCCUCAAUGUGAUCAUAAUCUUCAGUAGGGGAUUGUUUUUGUAACAAACUACAUGAAAAUUCUUUGUUAUAUUUCUACUGAGGCUAGAUAGUAGGUGAUCUUUAGAUCAGAUGGCCUUGUGAAGAUGUAUCUUUAUAAAGCGAUUUGCUAGUCAUUCUAUUAGUCUAACACCUUUUGACUCUUGACCCUUUUAAUUAAUCUUUUGUUUUUUUUUUUUUU